AUGACGCACGAUAGUCGCGAGAUCCUGGCACUUGUCGAUACAGGGGCAGAGGUUAACAUCAUCGGUCAGGGACUUAACCCCCGUCCAACGGAGGGGAGUCCCCUCCGGUUAACCUUCGCCGACGGGAACCACGAGGAGUGCACCACAUGGGGCAAAAUCGAGGUUAACGGUCAACGGGGCCGUGAACAGGGUACAGGUACGGAUGAUGGAUCCGGUAUUGGAGGAAGCCCUGGGAAGUGUGCCGUCAACGAGAUUGACAAGUCGGAGUUGAGAAGGGUCCUCACGAAGUUCGAAGACUUAUGGAAGGGAGAUGAGAUAGGGCGGACGACAGCGAUAGAGCACCGAAUCGAAGUGACGGACCCGAAGCCGAUUGCGUGCCGCAACCGCAGAUAUACGGACCAGCAAAAGGCGGUCAUAGAGAAAGAGGUAGCGGACAUGAUCCAGAAGGGAGUGGUCCGACCAAGCUUUAGUCCGUACGCGUCGGGGGUGGUGCUAGUAAAGAAAAAGACUGGCGAGUGGAGGUUCUGUGUGGACUACCGGCCGUUGAACGAGGUGACAGUACGGGACAAGUUCCCACUACCGAGGAUAGAUGACCUGCUGCGGGCGGUGAGAGGUUCGCGGUGGUUCAUCGCAUUGAAUCUGCGAGCAGAAUACUGGCAAGUAGCCAUGAGGGCAGAGGACAUUCCGAAGACGGCAUUUAAGACGCCCUCAGGACUAUACGAGUUUGUCGUGAUGCCGUUUGGCCUAGUGAAUGCCCCAGCGACGUUCCAAAGGAUGGUGGAGAACCUCUUCGGGGACCUCUACUGGAACGGGGUGCUCGUAUACCUGGACGACAUCCUAAUCCACGCAGCGACCCUGGAGGAAGUAUUUGCGAAGCUGGAAGAGGUGCUGAAGAGACUCCGAGCAAGUGGUCUGAAGCUGCGGUUGUCCAAGUGUUCGUUCCUACCGGAACAGGUCGAGUACCUCGGGCAUACGAUUACCGAGGGCAGGAUAGCCCCCCAGCCAAGGAAGGUGGAAGCGAUAGACGCCCUGCAGCCACCGCGGGACGUAAAAGGGCUACGAUAA